CUCCACCUCCGGACAUGACCAGAAUUUUGGAAUGGCGCGUAUCAACACCGCUUCAAUCCCUCUCUCCGCACACUCUCCCGCGCAAUGGUCCGCAAACUCAAGCAUCAUGAGCAGAAGCUGCUUAAAAAGGUCGACUUUCUCGACUGGAAGCAGGAUGCCUCCCACCGUGAGAUCAAGGUCAUGCACAAGUACCACAUCCAAGACCGCGACGACUACCACAAGUACAACAAGCUGUGCGGGUCGCUGCGCUCUUUGAUCCACAAGAUCUCGUUGCUGCCCGCCAUCGACCCCUUCCGCGCGCAGAAGGAGGGCGAGAUGCUCGACAAGCUCUACGACAUGGGCAUCCUCGAUGUCGGCAGCAAGCCGAGCGACAUUGAGAACCGCGUUACUGUUAGCAGCGUUGCGCGCCGCCGCCUCGCCGUCGUUAUCACCCGCCUCAAGCUUGCAGAGAGCGUCAGCGACGCCGUUAGGACCAUCGAGCAAGGGCAUAUCCGUGUCGGCCCAACCCCAAUCACUGACCCCGCCAUGCUCAUCACUCGUCGUAUGGAGGACCACAUUACCUGGGUCGACACGAGUGCUCGCAAGCGCACCAUUAUGAAGUACAACGACGAGCUCGACGACUUUGACCUCCUCUAGGCUUUUAGGUAGUACUAGGCCUAGGACUAGGAGGACGUUAGACGACGACGACAACACUGUUCGCACGCGCGCGCGCGCAAGUUCUGGGCAUUCCGGUCAACCCCUUCUGUAUCAUUAUUUUGUAUCCAAUGCACCAUGGUCACCGACUUCUGGCUCCC